AUUGCCUUAGUCAUUGGCCUUACUAGUAGUACAAAUUGUGGAAAUAUUAUACAAACAAGAUUAGUCUGUUUUGACAAGGUUUAACACAAAAUUAAAAUGGCGGGCUCUGGUCACACAUGGCCCAACAGUCAAGACGACUAUGAACUAUUAGAAGUUAUCGGUGUGGGAGCCACAGCAGUAGUCCACGCCGCUUUCUGCCGUCCACGUGGAGAAAAAUGCGCAAUAAAACGGAUCAAUUUAGAAAAAUGGAAUACCUCAAUGGAUGAACUCCUUAAAGAAAUUCAAGCCAUGUCUAGCUGUAAUCAUGAGAAUGUAGUGACAUACUAUACUAGUUUCGUCGUUAAGGAAGAACUUUGGCUCGUAUUGAGACUCCUAGAAGGUGGCAGCUUAUUAGAUAUAAUUAAACACAAAAUGAGGAUCUCCAAUUGCAAACACGGUGUCUUCGAUGAAGCGACUAUAGCCACAGUUCUGAAGGAGGUGCUGAAAGGUCUUGAAUAUUUUCACCAGAAUGGGCAAAUUCACAGAGACAUAAAAGCCGGUAACAUUCUUCUUGGAGACGAUGGAAUUGUUCAAAUUGCAGAUUUUGGAGUUUCAGCUUGGCUCGCGACGGGAAGGGAUCUGUCGAGACAAAAGGUGCGACACACAUUCGUAGGCACGCCCUGCUGGAUGGCGCCCGAAGUCAUGGAACAGAAUCACGGCUACGACUUCAAGGCCGACAUUUGGUCCUUCGGAAUCACGGCGAUAGAGAUGGCUACGGGCACCGCGCCCUACCACAAGUAUCCACCAAUGAAGGUGCUGAUGUUGACUCUUCAGAACGAUCCACCCACCCUCGACACGGGCGCAGAGGAGAAGGACCAGUACAAAGCAUACGGAAAAACGUUCAGAAAGAUGAUAUCGGAGUGCCUCCAGAAGGAUCCGACGAAGCGGCCGUCGGCGCCGGAGCUCCUCAAACACCCGUUCUUUAAAAAAGCAAAAGACCGGAAAUACCUCGUGCAGACCCUCGUGUCGAUCGGGCCCAGCAUGGAGACCAGGGUGCACAAGGCGAGCAAGCGGCAGCCCGGCACGUCGGGCCGCCUGCACCGCAUGGAGACCGGCGAGUGGGUGUGGGAGAGCGACGAGGAGGACGACGACGAGGACGGCGACGCGGGCGAGCGGCCCAUGAACCAGCUGCCGCGCGCCGACUCCUCCGACAGCGAAGGCGAGCCCGAGCCGCGCGCCGGCUUCACCAUCGGCUCGCUGGAGCCCGAGGAGGCGCCGCAGAUCGACCUCGUCCUGCGCAUGCGCAACGCGAGCAAGCAGCUCAACGACAUUCGCUUCGAGUUCGCGCCCGGCAAGGACUCCGCGGACGGGAUCGCGACGGAGCUGGUGGGGGCGGGGCUCGUGGCGGCGCCCGACGCCCCGCAGAUCGCGGCGCAGCUGCAGCGCCUCGUGGACGCCCAGCUGUUCCCGUCCGCGGCCGCCGUCCGCAGCCUCACCUUCCCCCUCGCCUCCGCCGACCCCUCCGAGCCGCUCGACGAGAAAGGCCUCGUCGGCUUCGCACAGAUCUCCAUCGUCGACUGAUCGGACCGUCGAGGACGUAUAGUAGUCUCCGUGAGCCGGUCCCUUUUGUAAUAUUGUGUAAUCGAAUUUAGACUAAGUGAGCCGACUCGGGACAGUCGUAACGUAAUUUUGCGAUGAAAAUGCGAAAGCACAAAUAUGUGUACCGGAAUGGCGGAACUCUCAUCCUCGUAGUGACUAGCUUCAGCUUUACGAGAAGCGAUUGCUGGUAUCAUGUAAUUCCGUUGGUCAUACUUUGUACAAGUUCGUAUAAUUAUAGCGGGACGACGCGCUCUUACGUUUAUGAUUCGUAGUUUUGUAAUGCUAAAAC